GAGCCGGGAAACGGUGUCGUUUACCGGGUGUGGUCAGGUUGGGCCACAUCACCAAUUUCAAUUCUGCACAAGUCGUCUAUGUUCUGAAGAAAGAAGACGAUGACAGGCAGCUGACCAUUUGAACAAGAGCGAAAAUAAUACAGUGGAAUUUGAAUCUAAAGAUCGAAGCUUUUGCAUUUGGGUUGGAAAAAGUUGAAGUCUUUGAGCAGAAAAAGCAUGGCCAGUUGCUGGGUAAGCAGUCCGCAGCCCCAUCCCAAUCUCCACCCUCAUCAAUCUUUCAGUAAGCGGCUGCUGAUUCAGUCGCAGAGCCGCGUCCUCAGCCUCUCGAAUUCUCAGCGCCGUCGUCGGAGCAGAAUCUGCUGCAACUACGACGACGAAACGACUGGGAGACAAUCACAACCACCAAUUCCACAGGGUCCACAACCAACUGGGAUUCAGCUCUACUCCGAGAUUGAAAGAGUACUUACAGAGACAGUGAGGCAAGCCCAAGGUCGUUGGGAUGGUACAGGCGACUGGACUCAAGUUGAGGGAGCAUGGGUUCUCAAACCGAGAAACUCAGAACCCAAGGCCGUUGUACAUUUUAUUGGUGGCAUAUUUGUUGGAGCUGCCCCUCAGCUUACCUACCGUUUGUUUCUUGAGCGCCUCUCAGAAAAGGGUAUUUUGGUGAUUGCAACACCGUAUGCUAGUGGAUUUGAUCACUUCUUCAUUGCAGAUGAAACCCAAAUCAAAUUUGAUAGGUGUUAUCGAUUUCUUAAAGAGACGGUUCAAGAUCUUCCUACUUUCGGUAUUGGCCACUCUUUGGGAUCUGUCAUCCACCUUUUGAUCGGUUCAAGAUAUGCUGUUCAAAGAAAUGGGAAUGUGCUGAUGGCAUUCAAUAACAAGGAGGCAAGCUCAACUAUUCCUCUGUUCUCACCUGUUGUCGUUCCAGUUGCUCAAGGCCUUGGACCAAUUUUAGCACAGAUUGCAUCAUCACCAACAAUCCGCCUAGGGGCAGAAAUGACUUUGAAGCAAUUUGAAAACCUUAGCCCUCCCAUCAUGAAGCAAGUUCUUCCUUUAGUUGAGCAGCUCCCUCCACUGUAUAUGGACUUAGUUAAUGGAAGAGAAGAUUUUGCUCCAAAACCAGAAGAAACUCGGCGACUAGUAAAAUCAUACUACGGUAUUUCCCGGAAUCUUCUGGUGAAGUUCAGGGAUGAUAUGAUCGACGAGACUUCAACUUUGGCACAGUUGCUAAUUUCAAAUUCAGCCAUCAGUUCUAUGCUAGACAUGUCGAUUCGUUUAUUACCUGGAGAUCACGGGCUUCCUUUGCAACAGGCUCUCCCAGAUGUGCCUCCGGCAAUGGCAGAUGCAGUAAAUCGCGGAAGUGAGAUGUUGGCUAAUCUCACCGUCGGGACACCAUGGGAGACCGUUGCUAAAGAAGUAGGCAGCACAUGGGGUGUGGACUCGAAGGUACUUCGUGCAGAAGCAUCAAAAGACUUAGGCCUGCUUGUGGAUGUGAUUGCGUCGUGGAUAACUUCAAAUGCAGGUCCAAAGCUCUUGAAGCCGUGAUGUGUUGGGCAAAUAAUAGCAUACAAAUCAGACCAAAGUUUUUAUCUCGCCGAGACAAGAACAUGGUUUUCGAUAGGACGAUGAAAAGAAAUGAAUUGGAAAUAAAAUCUUGUUCAUAUUUAUGUAAUUUCAAAGAUGUUAAUGUAUAGAUAGAAGUAAUCAAAACGUGUGUAAAUGUACAUUUGUUGGGUUGUAAGUUGUAGCAAAAGCAGUGUUUCUCUAAAGAAGAAAAAAAGUUGUAACAUAAACAAGCAUCAGAAACAAGGAUAAUGAUAGUUUACUGUUACCAUUGAUUCAUAAAUAAAAUAGUUUCGCCCGCGGAA